CUCUGGUCGAGCACAGUAGUUAGUCGAACACAACCAACUACCUAACCUAAGCCAAAGAAUUCCCCGUAAACUGAUGGAUCGCGCUGUCCGUCCCACUCUCUCUCCUCCACCGGCCGCCCUGGACUCCCCGACUCUUCCCGACGGGGGCAACGCGUAUCAUUUCACUUCAUUUUCUCAUGGAUCUGCCCGGCACAUGGCAGCUGCAAUUAAUUAGUUAUCCUGCGUUGCAAAUCGCCGCGGGUCAAUUGCCUGUCAGGGGGCCAUGUCGUUCCAUCCGUAUAAGAAAACUCUCGUCCCGGCAACGCUGGUGACCAGCUCCAUGUCCAGGUCAUUGUCCAUGUCCAAUUCCAUAUCCAGACCUUCCUCUCUGUCUCGUGCCCAAGUUGCCCUGACUCAUAGCCGGACUCGACCUUCUUCUACCCAGAUAGCCAGCAUGGCGCACAAUUCCUUGUCCCAGUUUCAGCAGCGCAAGGGGAUUCAUUCCCCAGCGCACGUCUCGCAGACCGGUCCUCUGGACGGCAAUUUUGAUACCGCGAAUCCUCCCUAUAUCCGCAAGUACCUGCGCACCUACGGUCUGACUCCGCCGCGCACAGAGUCCUACGAGGUGCAAAAGACCAGAUGUCUGGCACAGCUGGCGCUAAAGAGCACCCCCAUUGAGAAAUUCAUCUACCUGAGCACCAUCCGCAAAAACAAUGUCCACCUGUUCUACCGUCUGGUCACGGAUCACCUCAAGGAAUUGACCCCCCUGAUCUAUACGCCCGUGGUGGGUGAAGCCUGCCAGCGAUGGUCGGAGAUCUACCAGCAACCAGAGGGCAUGUAUCUCAGCUACGAGGAUCGCGGAAACCUGGCUGCCGUCAUUGCCAACUGGCCCCAAUCGAACGUCGAGAUCACAUGUAUCACGGACGGAUCGCGCAUUCUGGGUCUGGGUGAUCUGGGAAUCAACGGCAUGGGCAUUCCCAUUGGCAAGCUCGCCCUCUACACAGCCUGUGCUGGUAUCCGGCCAGAGGCGACCCUGCCCCUGACGCUGGAUCUCGGCACCAGCAACAAGACCUUGCGGGAAGACCCGCUCUACAUGGGCAGCCGUCGGGACAAGGUGACCCCGGAGCAGGAGCAGGAGUUCCUCGAUGAACUGAUGGCUGCCUUGACGGAGAGAUGGCCGGGGAUCGUCAUCCAGUUCGAGGACUUCAAGAAUCCCUUCCCCGCGUUGGAGCGCUACCGCCACACGUACACCUGCUUCAACGAUGACAUCCAGGGUACCGGUGCGGUCAUUCUGGGCGGCGUGAUCAAUGCUGUCAAGCGCUCGGGGCUUCCGUGCAAGGAGCACCGCGCGGUGUUCCUGGGUGCCGGCAGUGCGGGGGUCGGUGUGGCCCGCCAGAUUGUCGAGUUCUUCAUGCGUGAAGGCAUGACGGAGGAUGAAGCCCGUUCCUGCUUCUACCUGGUCGACACCAAGGGCCUGGUCACGGCGGACCGCGGCGAUCGUCUGGCCGACCACAAAGUCUACUUUGCCCGGCAGGACAACAAUGGCCAGCAGUUCAAGUCCCUCGAGGAGACCAUCGACUACGUCAAGCCCACUAUCCUCAUGGGUCUGUCGACCCUGGGCGGCGUCUUCACUCCCGAGAUCCUGAACAAGAUGGCCGCCUGGAACAGCCACCCCAUCGUCUUCCCGCUGUCGAACCCGUCCUCCAAGUCGGAAUGUACUUUCGAGAGUGCCGUUACUCACACGGACGGCCGGGUCCUCUUCGCCUCAGGUUCCCCGUUCCAGCCCUUCUCCUUCACCAACGCUGCCGGCGAGACCAAAACCCACUAUCCGGGCCAGGGUAACAACAUGUACGUGUUCCCUGGCAUUGGUCUGGGCACCAUCCUGUCCAAGGCGGUCGAAGUCACCGACAGCAUGAUCUACGCUUCGGGCAAGGCGGUGGCCGAAUCGCUGACGGCGGAGGAAGUCGAGAUGGGUUUGUUGUAUCCCGAUCUCACCCGCAUCCGCGAUGUGAGCGUCGUUGUCGCCCGACAGGUGAUCCGGGCGGCACAGGAAGCCAAGGUCGACCGGGAGACGGGGAUCCGUGAUCUGAGCGACGCCGAUCUGGAUGCCUGGAUCAAGGGCCGCAUGUACCAACCCCAUGGCGAGGUCCAGUCCCUGGAGCGGGAGGUGGGCUCCCUCCUCUCGUCGCUCGGACGACCCAAUGGAUUCAUCCAUGCGGUGAGCGAGGAGAAUGCUAAGCUCUAGUUGCUUUUCUACGAUACGAUACUAUACAGCAUGCACUGUCUGGUUGAUUCUGCAUCUCUUUUACGGCAUGGCAACCGGGAGUUUAUCAUUCGCUUAUCGUUCAUUCUUUCCAUCCCGGAUGGUCGUGUCACCGCGAACAUCGCGUUUCUCUUUCGUCUAUUGUUAAUACCCCCAUUUUCCUUACUUCCCCCUCGUGUCUUCAGUUGGAGCACGACCGCAUUUUCGAUGCGGGUAGCAAAGAUGGUAUACGGUUAGGUUAGGUUAGGUUAGAUCUGGCCUGGUUCGUUGGAUCAGGAACCGGCCAGUAGAAAAAAGAAGCCUACAAUGAAAACACCAAUUAUGACGAGC